AUUAAGAUCUCAUUUGCACAUGCGGUAGAGAAGGAAAAUGUCCUUGGCAAACUGGAUGUCUCAGCUGCCACCUGAGUUGACUUGCCGACCGAUUUACACGCUUAAAAUACCCGGUUCUCACGAUUCGGGCGCCACGAACUUUCUGAACGACAAACUUCCUGUUGCAAAUGAUGAAGAUGGCCCUAUCCAACAAUUAGGAAAAGCAUUUUGUAUACGGCGUGGCAUCAAGCGAUGGGCUGUUUGUCAGAGCUGUUCUAUACGGAAUCAGCUCGAUCAUGGAAUUCGUUAUCUCGACUUGCGGGUAUCAAAUCCACCAGUUGGAGUCCGCAAAUCAAAGACAGAUUUCCGUUUGAUUCAUGCUUUGUAUGGCCCUAAGUUACAUAAUGUUUUUCGAGAGAUCCUGGACUUUCUUACAGUGAACACAAAAGAGGUCAUUUUGUUGGAUAUGAAUCACCUCUAUGAUUUUGAUCUAGAAAGCUACUGUAUUUUGCAAACAUUGGCAAUGGAUAUCUUGGGGCAGGAUCUUUUUUGUCCUGUGAUGAAUCCAGACGACGUAUCUUUGGAUUUCAUGUGGCAAAACGGUUACAAGGUCAUAGCCUUCUCCUCGUUGGCUAGUUGCGAUUGUCCUGUAAUUUGGCCUGGCUGCCUUAUUCCAUCUCCGUGGCCGAACACUAACAAUGUUGAUGAACUUAUACAAAUUCUGGAAUCUCAGCUGGAUGAUUGCCGUAAGAACUCCAGAGGAUUUUACGUUACGCAGGGUAUCCUUACGCCUAGAAGUUAUGAUGUUGUUGCAAAGUGGUUCUCAACUCUUCGCGAACAAUUUGCUCAGCGAGCAACGGACCGGGUCUUGAGCUGGCUCGACGAGCUUGAGGAAGAGAAGAGAGAAAUGCUCAACAUUUACAUGAUCUUGAGCGUCAUGAAUAUACUUUAA